ACCAUUCUCUUCAAGGUCUCAAAAACCUUGAAAGCUUAGCUAGUUUUAAUUAAUUUGCUACACCAUAUUUUACUACCAACACCAUGGCUAAAAGCUUUAAGCUCAAAUUCAAGAUCCCUUCAUUUCAAUUGUGUUGUUCAAAACACCAUCAUCCCACAGUUCCUUCCAUACAUCGUCUUUCUCCUAUGAAUCCCAAAGCAUGUGAUGUUGGGUACCCAAAAAACCCACCUGCUCCACCACCUUCAACACCUGAAUACCAGUGCAUAGUUUCACCAAAAAUCACUGCUAUAGCAAUGUUUUCCAAUUCUCCUGACAUCGUUCACUGUGAAAUUGAAUCCACCUUUUGCAAAAUGGGCCUCAAAGCCAGAGUCCAAAAAACAAAAACAGCCAUGGCAAGUGUUUUAUCAAGGAGUGCAACAAGAAGUGAUUCUUUUGUUCAUAAACUCAACAAUUAUAUUGAAGAAGAAGAUAGUGAGUCUCUACUUUCAUUCUCCGCGAGUUUCAGUGACGAGUUUUACCAUGAACCGAGUGAUGAAAUGGCCCAUUCUCCUUACAAGAGCCAGAGGAAAACAGAGGAAAAGGUUGUCAGCAAAACAGAGAAACAGGGGAAGAAUAGCAAAAGCAACAUAGGGAAGGUUCAAAAACUGAAUUUUCUUCAUGAUUCAGAGAUGGAAGAGGAGAAAGAUGAGAAGAAGAAAGGGAUGGUGAGAAGGGCAUCAUCAAUGGCAGAGGGGUGCGACGCGGUGGCGGAGGGAAUGGUGAUGAAUGAGAGCUUUGCAGUGGUGAAAAGGUCGAAUGAUCCGUACGAGGAUUUCAGGAGGUCAAUGGUGGAGAUGAUAAUGGAGAUGGAGAUGACACAAGCUGAGGAUUUGGAGAGGCUUUUGCAGUGUUUUCUGGCUCUGAACUCACGGUGUUAUCAUGGAGUAAUAGUGAAAGUUUUCAUGGAGAUUUGGCAACAACUGUUUUCUGAAACAUCAUGCUUCCAACAAAAAAUCUUAGAAUAAGAAGACAAGUUAAUAAUCGUGUUCUCCACACAUGCAUGGUUAGUAAAAAGAGAAUUUCCCCUUUUGUUUAAGUUUUUCCUCUUAAGGAGAUUUGUAAAUUUGGAAUUCAAAGACUGAAGUUAAUGUUUUGUUUGAAUUUGUACUUGAGCUAUGGGGUGAUCGAAGGGAGGGAGGGAGGACAUGGGGUGCCAUGGUCCCCAAGCCUUUCAAUUUUAUUUUUUAUAUGUUACACUCAUGUAAGUAGUAGAACUUAUUGUAAGUAUGUCAUAUUUUUUUUUGUUCU